CCUGCCCACACAGGCCAGCUGCAUCCAGCGGAGCGAGGACGCGUCAGCCCAGCUCAGCCGAGGGCAGCGCCACAGGUUCUCAGCUUCGGACGAAGCCCGUAGGAGCAUCUUCUCGACGGGAGCAUCCGUGCAGGAAAAAACCCGAAGACCCUAACUCUCCUCUUCCACAGAUUUUUCCAAGUCUCCCCUUAAAAUGCCACGCGGGUUCUUAGUGAAGAGAACGCACCGAGAAGCACCCGUCUCGUACCGGAUCCGGACUCCGCCGGAUGAACGUUUCACAGCCUCGCAACCAGGCCCUGCAGUCCACCAAAAACAGCCCAAGGUUGGGCGGCUGCCCGAAUCCCACGUUCCCAGCCUGGCACCCUUGCGCCCCAUCAGUGCCGUCCCGCUCUCCGGCUGCCACGACCGGGGGCUCAAUUCCGGGUCUCCGGCGCCAGGAGAAUCCGCACCAAUCUGCACCUUGCAAGCUCCUGGUUCGGGCUCGGCCUGCGCUGGGGUCAAGCCGUUGAAGAGGGUCAGCGUGGCCCGAGGAAGCUUGGUUUUGCUGGGCGCCUUCGUCUGCCAGCUGUGCCAGGAAUCUUACCCCGGCCCGUUGGCCCUGGCACAACACUGUUGCUCUCGCAUCGCCCGGGUCGAGUACCGCUGCCAUGAGUGCAGCAAAGCUUUCAGCUGUCCGGCCAACCUGGCUUCUCACCGCCGCUGGCACAAGCCCCGAAAAGAGGGACACCCGGAGGGCACCAAGGAAAACGAGAACCCCAAACCAGCCCGCGACUCCGGUGCCCUACUGCACCCCGAGCUCUCGGAGGGGACUUACGACUGCCCGCACUGCCCCAAACGCUUCCGACGGAGGGCUUACCUGUGCAAGCACCUGGCUCUCCACGCCGCUACCGGGACGGUGCUCUCCGAAAGUCAACAGCAUUUGCUGGGCAACGUUGGCCCCGUACCGGCUUCUUGGCCUAAAAAGCCAUUCUAAUUCUUGCUUCUUCCCCAGGCAGCUGGCACAGACUUCUCGCAGAUGCUGAAAAGAUUUGCAACCUGCUGAUUAUUAUUUUUCCAUGAUUUUGACGGACAGGUGGCAGGAACCAGAAGUCCCGGGCUGCCCCCCUCCAUCUUCUCGCAGAUCAGAUAUGUAAGAGAGAAAGUCAAUUUGUGCGUCCCCGGACGAGAAAGCUUUGCAUUUGCCCUUUCUGGCCAAGGGACAGACGCUGCUGUUUGAAGGGGUGAAUUGAAAGAGGAGGGGGGGAUUUAAAUGCAGAGGUUUAUUUUCUGCACCCCCAAAUUUGCUCCCCGCAAAUGGAGGAGAGGGAAAUGCUCAGAACAAGCUUUGCUGUAAAGCUUCCCCUUUUGUGUGUGUGUAAAAAAAAAAGGUGUUGGUUUAGGGGGGGGAUUUUUGUGAAACGGAAGCGGUAGUAAAAAAAAAAAGACUUAAAAAAAAA